AUGAGUGAGGUGUACAGGAGGAGGAAUCGGUCGACAAUGUAUUACACGCUCAGCAUCAUCCUCGGCACUGUGGCCUUGUCUUAUGGCUCCAUCUGCCAAACAACCGGCUGGGGCGGCCAGCCGGUGCGCGCGCACGGCGGCCCCUCUUCGAGCUCCUCCGACGGCGACCUCGCCUCCCGCCUGGAGCCGGUGACCUCGGCGCGGCGGAUCCGGGUGACGUUCUCGGCGUCGGUGUCGGACGCGCUGCCGUGGCGGUUCACGCCGCAGCAGCGCGAGGUGCGCGUGCUUCCCGGCGAGACGGCGCUGGCCUUCUACACGGCGACGAACCGGUCGGCGCGCGACAUCGUCGGCGUCGCGACGUACAGCGUCACGCCCGCCCAGGUGGCGCCCUACUUCAGCAAGAUCCAGUGCUUCUGCUUCGAGGAGCAGCGGCUCGCCGCCGGCGAGACCGUCGACAUGCCCGUCUUCUUCUACCUCGACCCGGACCUGCUCAAGGAUGUCAACAUGCGCGGCGUCGAGACGGUCACGUUGAAUUAUACCUUCUUUAAGGCAAGGUAUGACGAAAACGGGAAAUUCCAGGGCGCGCCAGGGGUUUGA